AUGCAUCCUCAUCUCCAUACCAAGGACAACUCAAGCUGCGAAGAAGUCAUGGCUAUGCUGGAUGAAUGCCAUGCGCGAGGAUUCCUCUUCAAAGCUACCGGCGGUUGCAACGAUGCUAAAACUGCCGUUAACAAGUGCUUGCGCGCAGCCCGAGCCGAGCGCACAAAGCAGAAUCGCGCCGAUUCCGGUGAUCAAAAGACACGAAUUCGAGCCAAGUGGGCUGAAAUUGACGCCAAUUCAUGA